AUGUAUACGGGUCGCACCCGAGAAGCUGCGGGCAGCUGGCCGCGGCUGGAGCAGAGGCUCCCGCAGGCUGAGCUGCCCCGGCGCAGAGCGGUGCGAGCCUCUCGGCUCCAGCGCGGCUCUGCGGCGGGAUCGGCUGCUUCGGGAGCGCCUCUGCCCGCGCUACCGGCAUAUCCGUGCAGAAAGAUUCUAUUAACUGCUAGAGUUAAUAGUGGCCGUUCUUUUAAGAUCUACCCCCCAACAACAGGUGGAGCUCAACCAGAGGCGAUAAACACUCCAAUGCAGCAAAGCUACCGCUCCACCUGGUGGGCACACGGCGGCUCUGAGGAGCGCGGGGAGCCUCGGCCGGCGCCGCUCCGGCUGCGGAGACCCCGCCUGCGACCCGAGCAAUUCAUCCCACGGCCUUUCCCCCGCCCAUCGCAGCCCCGUGUCGGGGCACCUCCGGCCGGAGCGCUCCCGCGGCCACGUGAGACCCCCGUUCCCUUGGCCGCUGCGAUGCUGCGGGUGCUGCCAGCCCGGCGGGCCCACGGGCCCGGCACGGGACGGGACUACACGGCCCAGGCUGCCGCGGGCGGCCGGGGGGCGGUGCCGCCGCCGUGCGCCGCCGCCGUGCCCGCGAUCGGCCCGCCCGCCCCGGCGUGA